AUGGCAAUGCACCAUGGAGAUUACUUCCACUAUUGCCAAUCACUUUAUAAACAAGUUCAAUUACUCGGUCUAGCAACAGCAUAUCUUGAAGAUGAAAGUAUACGUUUAUCUUGUCGAAGCACAAUGCUUUUCGCUCUUCUACCCAUCGAACUAAUAGAAGAAGCUGCACAACUUCUUGAAGAUGAUUCACUUGCAGAAAUGGCAGGUUUCUUUAAAUAUUUUAAAUAUCAAUGGUUAAUAUGA